AUGUCACUCGCUAGACCCCUUAGAGCUAUAAUAUUGGGUGCCCCGGGCUCCGGAAAAGGUACUGUGCUAUCAAAAUUGGCCAAACACUAUGAAAACAAAUUAACAACCGUUUCUUCCGGUGAUUUACUCCGAGAACGAAUCAACAAGGACCCAAACUCAGAACUUGCAGCUAUUGUAUCUAAAGGUCGUUUGGUAUCAAACGAACUCAUAAUUAAUACAAUUUUUGAUAGACUUGAUCACUUGAAAUUAUUUAAUGACCACCUGUCCUGGAUUUUGGAUGGAUUCCCAAGAAAUACUAUUCAGGCUAAAGAAUUAGAUGAAAGAUUACUUUACCAAAACCUUCCAUUGAAUAUGGUUAUUGAAUUGGACGUUCCUUUUGAAGUCAUUUUAAACAGAAUUGAAAGAAGAUUUAUUCAUCAACCAUCAGGGAGAAUCUACAAUUUGGAAUACAAUCCACCAAAGGUUCCAGGAAAAGACGAUAUCACUGGAGAGCCUUUAACUAAGAGACCUGACGAUAAUGUUGAAGUCUUCAGUCAAAGAUUAGAUUUAUAUAGUGAGCUACUUGUUAACCUAAGGAGCUACUACCAAACAAAGGGUUUAUUGCACACUAUUGAGGGAGAAACAUCAGAUAUUAUUUUCCCAAAAUUGUUGAAACUAAUCGAAGAAAAAUAUAACACUAUCUCAGUAGAGUAG